GGACGAGCUCGCUGUGAGGAGGGGGGGAGCCGGGAGGGGGGGGCGAGGUCGGCAGGCGCGACCCCGCUCUGUCCUGACCUCCUGAUGACGGGACCCCGGAACCGGACGGAAGCCUCACAGGCGUGAAGGGAAGAAGAUGCGGUUGUGGUGGAUUUUACUGGCGGGCUUGGGGAGCGUCGGCGGCGAGCUGCCGUUCGUGGGGGAGAACGACGCGGCGAUGCUGGUGGACUGGAACGCUGUUGACGGGAACAAGAAGCUGUUCGCCAUCUACGACACCAGCGUGAAGGAACCGAGGGACAUGUCACAUGUCAAAGACACUGUGGACAAACUGUUGAAGGGAUACGACAUCCGUCUGCGGCCGGACUUUGGAGGCGCACCGGUGGCUGUCGGCAUGAGCAUCGACGUGGCGAGCAUCGACAGGGUGUCAGAGGUCAAUAUGGACUACACCUUGACGAUGUACUUCCAGCAGUACUGGAGGGACAAGAGACUGGCCUACGCGGGGAUCCCUCUCAACCUCACGCUGGACAACCGAGUGGCAGACCAGCUGUGGGUCCCGGACACGUACUUCCUCAACGACAAGAGGUCCUUCGUUCACGGCGUCACCGUUAAGAACCGGAUGAUCCGACUUCACCCGGACGGCACCGUCCUCUACGGCCUCAGAAUCACGACGACAGCAGCCUGCAUGAUGGAUCUGAGGCGAUACCCGCUGGACGAGCAGAACUGCACUCUGGAAAUUGAGAGUUACGGUUACACGACGGAUGACAUCGAGUUCUACUGGAAGGGAGGCGACACCGCCGUGACCGGGGUGACGCGCAUCGAGCUCCCUCAGUUCUCCAUCGUGGACUACAAGCUGGUCUCCAGGAACGUGGUCUUCUCCACAGGAGCCUACCCUCGACUCUCCCUGAGCUUCAAGCUGAAGCGGAACAUCGGAUACUUCAUCCUGCAGACGUACAUGCCCUCCAUCCUCAUCACCAUCCUUUCCUGGGUGUCGUUCUGGAUAAAUUAUGACGCCUCGGCUGCCAGAGUCGCAUUAGGGAUCACCACUGUCCUCACCAUGACGACCAUCAACACCCAUCUGAGGGAGACUCUGCCCAAGAUCCCCUACGUGAAAGCCAUAGACAUGUACCUCAUGGGCUGCUUUGUCUUCGUCUUCCUCGCCCUGCUGGAGUACGCCUUCGUCAACUACACCUUCUUUGGAAGAGGUCCUCAGAUGCAGAAGAAACAGGCUGAGAAGGCCCAGAAGGCCAACAAUGAGCGGGAGAACUUAGACGGACCCAAGGUCGACACCCGGGGAAACAUUCUGCUUGCGACCUUGGAGAUCCACAACGAGGUGGGCGGCAACGAUGUGGAGGCCCACAACUGCUCCUCUUCUUCCUCCUCCUCCUCCUCCUCCUCCUGCGUGGUGUUGGACAACUCGGGCGUCCAAUACAGGAAGCCGAGCGGCAUGAGCGAGCCGGGGCGCCUCGGCCCGGCGAGGGACGCCCGGCUGAAGAAGAUGCGCCUGCGCAGACGAUCCUCGCAGCUCAGAAUCAAAAUCCCGGACCUCACCGACGUCAACACCAUCGACAGAUGGUCCCGGAUAAUAUUCCCCUUCAGCUUCUCCCUCUUCAACACCAUCUACUGGCUCUACUACGUCAACUGACGCACGCGUCGGUGGGGCGGUGUUCUCUACGUCACGUGACCUUUUUAAAAGAAAAUCAUAGCAAGCCUCUAUGCGGAACAUUUGUCUCGCAAGACUUUGAUGUCGUGGCUGCGCUGCGUUCAGGUACAAACGGCCGUUGCCAAGGCGAGUCGUUGCCAACGUGGGCUCGGACUCUUAGCUCAUGAUCCGAUAGGAAAUCCAGACCAAGAACGGAUCUCCGGCCGUGGUGGUCACGUGACAAUGUUAAGAAGAAAAUGGCGGCCGUGGUUAUUGGUGGGAAAACACGUCAAGAUUUUGCCAACGCGGCGCACUGGAGAUCAUGUGACACGUCGCUCAUGUUAUGGAUCCCACUGCUCAUCGGUUAAGGGAGAGAUGGUCAGUGACCUCGAGUGAUGAAGGGUCCUAAUUCCAAUCCAAGCGGGUCGAACCGCGGCCGUUGGGAUUCAAAACCCGGCGUUAAUCCAGCGAAGUAAGUUCAUGCAGUUGGUAAGUCUGUGUUCUUCAAAGUAGUGCACAUGAAAAUGGCUGCACUUAGCAUCCUGCUAACGCCUGUUCUACUCUAAUCAACCUUAUUGGGGAACACAAUUGUUAUUGUCUUAUUGGUUGAUUCUUCUUCCACUACCUGGAGUUCUCCUUCGGUCCGUUUGCUUUGAAGCCGACGUUGGAGCUGCUGUGACGUUUCUGUCAGUUCGGCCGAUAUUCAGAGGAAUAUCUGGACACUUUGUGGGAAAAUUAGAGAAGAUCUCCACUAACCAAGUUAGCUUAGCUUAGCGUUAGAAACUGCUAGCAUCUCUUUUAUCAACCCUGAAACUCUUUAUGUGAAUUAACUGUUUAAAUGUCAAGGUUUUAUUUCAUACUUGAAAGGAAACUACUUUAAAUUUUAACAUCUUGGAACCAAUUCUCUGUGUGAACACAUCUGUUUGCCUCCGCUUCCAGUCUAAGCUAAGCUAAGCUAACUGGCUACUGGUUGUAGCUUAAUGUUUAGCUCACAGUAAAGGACAGUGUUCUGUAAAUAUUUUACCCAUAAAUACUUCUACUAAUUUUUCUGUCGUAAACCAACAACAAUGUUUGAGUCACGUGACCGCUGUUUUUUUUUAUUUUAUUGUAAAACUGUUUUGGGGUCAAUGUGUUUUAAAGAUUUCUGUGAGGAUAUUUUGUUGACUUUGUGAAAUUCAAUACAUUGUACGUACAUCACAAAGCGACUUAUUUUUAAUAGAUUUCAUCUGCAAACUGUCCCGUUUUCUCGACUUUUUGUCUUUUCUCAGUGAUCCCUGAAAUAACGUUAUCGUUCCCUCUGUGUGUUGAGAAUAUAAAACGAUAUCACAGCCCGGAA